UUUGUGCAAAAUGGCGUUUACCCAGUGGAUGGCUGAUCAGGCCAGAGAUUUUAGAAGAAAAACAUGGGCACCGACCAAAACUCGCGGACAUUCCAAAAGGGCGAUCAUGAAGAAUGGUUACACCAACGUAAUACGCAAGAAGCUUUCGCCCAACCGCAGGUGGCGCUACUUGCAAGACAUAUUUACGACACUACUUGACGCCCAAUGGCGAUGGACUUUGCAAUUUUUGGCCCUAUGCUUUUUUGGAUGUUGGCUUGCUUUUUCCCUAAUCUGGUGGCUGAUAGCUUUCGUACACGGAGAUCUACACGAAGACCAUUUACCGAUAAAGCAACCGGAGACAGGCUGGACGCCUUGCGUUUUGAACAUCCAUGGAUUUCACUCGUGUUUUCUUUACUCACUUGAAACGCAACAUACAACCGGCUACGGACUUAGGGCCAUUACAGAAGAAUGUCCCGAAGCUAUCUUCGUACUUUGCUUCCAGUGCAUCAUAGGUAUGAUGAUCGAUUCAUUCACGGUCGGCAUAGUUUUUGCCAAAAUGGUCAGAUCCAAGAUGGCCACGUACACCAUACAAUUCUCCAGAAACGCCGUCGUUAGUCGACGCGAUGACAAACUGUGUUUAAUGUUUAGAGUGGGAGAUAUUAGAAGAAGCAACCUGGUGGGGGUCACUCUAACAGGUAUAUUAAUAAAAUCGGAAAGGACCUCCGAAGAUGACGUCCUUGAAAACUAUCAAACUGGAUUAUCGCUAAAAGUAGACGACGGAGAUAAUAACCUGGUGCUGUUGUGGCCGAUGACAGCAUAUCACGUCAUUGAUCAGGACUCACCGUUGUUCAAAAUGUCCGCUGUAGAUAUGCUCCGGGAAGAGUUCGAAAUAGUGGUCAUUUUAUCCGCAACGGUCGAGAGUACUGGGGCAUCCGCCGAAGCAAAAUCCAGUUACUUGUCAAACGAAAUUCUGUGGGGCAGAAAUUUCGUGUCUGUCGUUUCGUUUGAUGCAGAACUGGAUUCUUACGAGGUAGAUUGGAGUUGUUUUGACAGGACGGCGUCUGUCGAAACGCCGAGGACUUCGGCUGCCGAUCAGUCUGAAAACCUACCUGAAUUAAAUCCAGAUAAAUUACAGAACCAAAACCGACCAGCGUCAGAAGAAGACUUUUCAACAGCAAGGGAACGGUUAGUUAGAGCGGAUCAAGCAGAUGAAGAAGAACUUCUACUAUCGUUUAUUAACUCGGAGGCGUCGAGUUCAGUUCCAAGAAUCAGAAAACCACAGUGCACACUUCACAAUUAUUUUCGUAAUUGUGAAGUUCCGCAAACUAUCAAUGAAAACGAAGAACUAGUAGAAUUGAGUCUUGUUUAAAUCGACAUUGUUCUUGCAUUUUUAUAAUAACGCAAAACUAAACCAAAGCCAUUUGUUUUGGAAACAUAAAAAUUUAUUUUAGUCACAGUUAAGAUUGUGAAUUGUCACAAAAAAUUCUA